UUGUUCACUGUUUCUUAUAUCUCUUUUCCUGUCUUCCUUGCUGACUUCAUUUCUUUCAUCUUCCUUUCAUGCUGUCCUUCCUUCCUUCCAUACUUCCUUCCUUUCCUUCCUUCCUCCCUUCUUUUGUUUGACUUUAUUUCCUUCCUUCCUUCGUAUGCUUUUUACAUUUUUAUUUCUCCUUUUUUUUUCUAUUUUCUACCAUUCCCCAUCUUCCGUUAUAAAUUCUUUCUUUCCUUCCUUUCUUCUUCCUUUUCUUCUUUCCUUUUCUUUAUUCAUUACUUUUAUUUUUCCUUUUUUCUUUUACAUUCAUUAUUUAUUUUUCUUUCCCUUUUUCUUCCGCCAAUUCUCAUCUUCCCCUUAAAACUUUUUCACUUCCUUCCCUCUGUACAUUAUUCCUCCCGUUAUUCUUUCUUUCUUUACUUUCUCCCUGGCUUUCGUCCUUCCUUCCUUUCGCCAGCCCGUCCUUCCUUCCUUCCUUCCUUCCUUCCUUCCUUCCUUCCUUUCAUUCUUAUUCCGUCACUUCCUUCCUUCCGUCCGUCUGUCCGUCCUCAAUUCUUUCGUUCCUUCCGUCUUUCCUUCCUUCAUUUCAUUCUUGGUGGUUCACUUCAUUCAUUACCUCCGUCCUUCCUAUGUUCCUUCCGUUCUCCCCCCCAUUUCUUCUUCUCUUCCUUCCUUCCUCCCGUCCCUCCGUCGCCCCUUCCAUCCCUCUCUCCUUCCUUACUCCCGACCUUCCUUCCUUCUGUUCUUCCUUCCUUCCUUCUGUUCCUCCUUCCUUCCUUCCUUCCUUCCUUCCUUCCUUCCUUCCUUCCUUCCGUCCGUCCUUCUUCACUUCCAUCCUUCCUUCCGUCAUUCCUAUGUUCCUUCCAUCCUUACUUCCUCUCUUCCUUCCUUCCGUUCCUUCGUCCGUCCUUCCAUCCCUCCCUCCCUCCGUCCGUCCUUCCUUCCUUCCUUCCCUCCGUCCUUCCUUCCUUCCCUCCGUCCUUUCCUCUGUCCUUCCUUCCUUCCUUCCUUCCUUCCUUGCGCCAGUCCGUCCUUCCUUCCAUCCCUCCUUCCUUCCUUCCUUCCCUCAUUCCUUCUUAUUUUACUAUCUUCCUUCCGUCCCUCCGUCUUUCUUUUCACCCCUCCCUCCGUCCUUCCUUCCUUCACUCUGUUCUUCACUCUGUUCUUCACUCUGUCCUUCCUUUAUUUCAUUCUUCUUCCUUUACUCCCUUCCUUCCGUACGUCAUUCGUAACUUCCUUCGUUCCUUCCGUAUUUCCUUCUUUCAUUUUAUUCUUGGUAGUUCAAUUCCGUCCUUUUCUCCGUCCUUCCGAUGUUCCUUCCAUCCUUUCUUCCUCACUUCGUUCCUUCUGUUCCUCCGUCCUUCCUUCCAUCCCUCCGUCCUUCUUUCCUUCCCUCCUUCCUUUCCUCUUUACUUCCUUCCCUCCGUCCUUCCUUCCUUAAUUCUUUCCUUCCUUUCGCCAGUCCGCCCGUCCGUCCUUCCGCCAGUCCGUACUUCCUUCCUUCGUUCCUUCCGUCCGUCUGUCCUAACUUCUUUCGUUCCUUCCGUCUUUCCUUCCUUCAUUUCCUCCCUUUCUUCCCUCUGUCCUUCAUUACCUCCGUCCUUCCUUCCUUCGGUAGUUCACUGCCGUCCUUCCCUCCGUACUUCCUAUGUUCCUUGCAUCUUUUCUUCCUCCCUUCCUUCCUUCCGUUCCUCCGUCCGUCCUUCCUUCCCUCCCACCGUCCUUCCUUCCUUCCCUCCGUCCUUUCCUCUCUCCUUUCUUCCUCCAGUCCUUCCUUCCCUCCACCAGUCCUCUUCGUCCUUCACUUCCUUCUGUCCGUACUCCCUAACUUCCUUCGUUCCUUCUUUCUUUCUUUUCUUCAUUCUCUUCCGUCCUUCCCUUUGUCCUUCCUAUGUUUCUUCCGUUCUUCCCUGCUUUCUUCCUCCCUUUCUUUCCUUCCGUCCAUCCUUCCAUCUCUCUCUCCGUCCUUCCUUCUUUCCCUCCUCCCCACGCUCCGUUCUUCCUUCCUUCCUUAGGUCCGUUCAUCGUUCUUUUUAUAUUUAUUUUGUUUCACUUUCCUUCCUUCCUUCCUUCCUUCCUUCCUUUUUCAUCUUUCAAUUAUUUUCCUAUUCAACACUGAAUCUUUUUUCGUUCUCUCUCAAAACUUUUAUUUUUCUUUUCUUCUUCCUUUUCUUUUCUUCUUUCUUUUCUUUUCUUCCACCAUUUCUCGUCUUCCCCUUUAGUUUUCUUCCCUUUCCUUUUCUACUACGCACUGUUCGUAUCUAUCUAUUUAUCUAUCAACCCCUUUCUAUCUAUCUAUCUAUCUAUCUAUCUAUCUAUCUAUCUAUCUAUCUAUCUAUCUAUCCGCCCUUUCAAUCUAUCUGUCUUUCCAACUAUCUAUCUAUCUAUCUAUCUAUCUAUCUAUCUAUCAACCCCUUUCUCUCUCUCUCUCUCUCUCUCUCUAUCUAUCUAUCUAUCUAUCUAUCUCAGUGUCUUUCUUUCUAUGUAUUUAUCUAUCUAAGCAUAUUUAUAUCUUUCUAUCUGUUAUAUUUUACAUGUAUAUAUACAAAUGCUAUCUAUCUAUCUAUCUAUCUAUCUAUCUAUCUAUCUAUCUAUCUAUCUAUCUAUCACAGUCUCUUUUUAUCUAUCUAUCUAUCUAUCUAUCUAUCUAUCUAUCUAUCUAAGCAAUUAUCAAAAAUCUGA